AUGCGGCGUUAUAAUUCCGAAAAUGAUGUAGCAUGCUUGGAGGGCUCAAUAACCAAUGAUUCAGUUAUUAUGUACGGUGAUAGUUUAAGGAGCCUUCCAGACGUAUCUAUACACAAUAGCUCAAGGAUGAUUGAAUUAGAAAUGCAAAUUGAACAACUAAAACAAACUCUUCAAGCUGCUAAUACAGAAGUAGAUAAUUUUAUAUUGCAGAACAAUGACUUGCAAAGGGAACUAGAAAACUGCCAGAUGGUGAUUAAAUCACUAAGAGCUAUACAAACUUUAGGACCUGAAAAAAUACGCGGAAACUACGACAUUAAAAUGGGGACAUCAUAUGUGGAUGAAAUUCGAAGAAUUGUGAGCAAAGAAAAUAGAAAAUUCAACAUUUUGUUAGGAAGUAUAAUAUACGACAACAUAAAUGAUGAUAAAAUCUUUACUAUUAAUAAAGAACUCUUUAAUCUAGCUGCGGUAUCUGAGAAUGUCAGAUAUCUUGAAAUAAAUGUAAAAGUCAAGAGUAUUAAUAAUAAAUAUUUAGAGCUAAAAUUAUUAACAGAAAAUACAACUUGUGAUGUGCUUUGUCUAACAGAGACUUGGACCAAUGAAUUGAAAUUAGGCGUAAUGACUAUUGAAGGCUUUAUACUUGUAUCAUAUUACAAUAGGAUGCUAUUUGAACAUGGAGGUACAGCUACUUUUGUUAGACACUCACUUGAAUAUAAAAUAAGACAUGACAUUGUAAAGUUGAGUAUUGAAAUGAAUUGUGAACUAGCGGCAAUUGAAGUAAAAUCGUCUAAAUUAGUUAUUAUUUGUGUAUAUAGACCUGAUUAUGAUUAUUUAAUAUUCGAAGAUAUUAUGACUAAAGUUAUCGAAAAAAUAGGGAGGGAAAACAAAAGAAUUGUAAUUGCAGGAGAUUUUAAUUUAAACCUAUUGAAACCAAAUAAUAAAGUAUCCAAAUUUUUAAAACUAUUGAGUGAAUUAAAAUGUAAAUUCGUCUUAAAUGAGCCAACCCGAACCAAAGGGAAGUCUUCCACAUGUAUUGAUAAUUUCAUUUUAAAUGACGAUGAUGAUUUUCAGUAUCACAGGGGUAAAGUAUUAGACGUAAAGUUAUCAGAUCAUAACGUCAUAGAAUUAAAGUAUAAAUUGAAUUCUAAAUAUCCUAAACCAAAGGAGAAGACUGAGGUUAGAUCUAGAAUAAUAUCUCAGGAAAAUAUAAAAUAUUUUCAUUACUUGUUCUGUAAAGACUUUGAAUGUGUAAGAAAGGAUGUAAAUUUGAAACUUGACGCAAAUGAGAAAAUGAACAUUCUUAUAGACUAUAUACAAUAUUGGGAUUACACUGCAUUUCCAUUAAAAACAAUAAAACCUAUAAAAAAUAAGAAUAAACUAACAACCAAGGGUAUUUUGAUAUCUAGAAAUAAUCUUCAAAAACUCGAAAUAUUGCAUAACUUGUAUCCAGAUAAAAUUAGAAAGUCCAAUCUAAAUAGAUAUAAGAGAAUAUAUAGAAAAGUACUACAAACAGCCCAAAAACUUAGGAACGCGUCUAGAAUUAAAAAUUUCACGAAUAAAAUUAAAACUACUUGGACUAUUAUUAAGGAACAAAAAAAUCAUGUUAAAACACAAAGAAUAAAUAAAAUUACUAAAAUUAAAAAUCACUAUGGGGACAUAAUUACAAAUAAUAAAAAUAUGGCAAACAGUUUCAAUGAGUUCUUUUGCAAUAGAAAAAUGUAG